GCUUCCGGCUGCAUCUCCCUUGGAGACGCGCAGAGUAGAUCUUGAGGCGGGGAGAUACCGCUGUGCUGUCCGGUAACGCGGCCCGCGGUGGCGGCCCCGCAGGCGGGAUGUUCCGGGGUUUGGGCGUUUGGUUAGGCUUGCAGCAGCCGGCGGAGGGCGGUGGGGAGUCCGAGGGAGACAGGCAGCCGGAGAAAGACUCUCCGCCAGAGCAGCAGUCCGAGACUGUGGUGGAGUCCGCGGAGCAGGAGCGGGAGCAGGCUGGGGACCAGGAGCUUCUCAACCAGGCUAAAGGCCUAGGCAACUAUCUAUUUAACUUUGCAACUGCUGCCACAAAAAAAUUAACUGAAUCAGUUGCUGAGACUGCUCAAACAAUAAAGAAGUCAGUAGAAGAAGGAAAAAUAGAUGACAUCUUUGAUAAGACAAUUAUAGGAGAUUUUCAUAAGGAACAGAAGAAAUUUGUUGAAGAGCAGCAUACAAAGAAGUCAGAAGCAGCCGUGCCCCCAUGGGUUGACAGUAACGAUGAAGAAACAAUUCAACAACAAAUCCUGGCCUUAUCUGCUGACAAGAGGAAUUUCCUUCGUGACCCUCCGGCUGGAGUGCAGUUUAAUUUCGACUUCGAUCAGAUGUACCCUGUUGCCCUGGUCAUGCUCCAAGAGGAUGAGCUACUGAGCAAGAUGAGAUUCUCCCUAGUUCCCAAACUGGUGAAGGAAGAAGUGUUUUGGAGGAACUACUUUUACCGUGUCUCCCUGAUUAAGCAGUCGGCCCAGCUCACUGCCCUGGCCGCCCAGCAGCAGGCCGCAGAGAAGGAGGAGAAGAACAGCAGCAGGCAGGAGGAUUCGCAGCUGGCAGAGGCAGUACGGCCCAAAACACCACCUGUUGUAAUCAAAUCUCAGCUUAAAACUCAAGAGGAUGAGGAAGAAAUUUCUACUAGUCCAGGUGUUUCUGAGUUUGUCAGUGAUGCCUUUGAUGCCUGCAACCUUAAUCAAGAAGAUCUAAGAAAAGAAAUGGAACAACUAGUGCUUGACAAAAAGCAAGAGAAGACCACUGUUCUGGAAGAGGAUUCUGCAGACUGGGAAAAAGAACUACAACAGGAACUUCAAGAAUAUGAAGUGGUGGCGGAAUCAGAAAAACGAGAUGAAAACUGGGAUAAGGAAAUAGAGAAAAUGCUGCAAGAGGAAAAUUAGCUGUUGCCUGAAGAACAAGAAUAAUCCUUAACAUUCUGCAAACUGACAUUAAAUUCUAACUGUUGACAUUCACUGAAUCAUAAGGCACAAAAGAGUAUAACUUUAUGCAGUUCAAAUUUAUUCUUUCUUCAAGCUAAAACUUUCCUCUUUUACUUUAAAAAAUGUAGAACAGUUUUAUGUAACAUUUCUUUAAUACAAAUUGAGUUAGAAAUAUUCUUGCAGGCAGUGUGGAUAUCUUUGCCACAGAAACACAAGUAGAAUUUUGGUGUUUUCCAUGAGGUCAAAGCAUAAUUUAUUCUUCAGUUGUGGUUUUCUAAGCAUUUGUACUCCUAGUUGCAUUUUCCUUGAUACAUGAACCUUUAAGCACUUAUCUAAUGGGUUAAUUACUAUCAAAAUGACCAAAUUAUACCAAAGAACUUAUGAGAAAGCACUUUCAGGACUAUUUUCUUGCUAAAUAUUUUCUAAAAUUCCAUCUGAAAGCCAAAAGAUAAAGUAGUUACCUUGAUUUUAAUGGUGAAAACACUACACAAUUAGACAUUAAGAAAUGCUGUGCAAAAAUAUUUGUUUUUCUCUGGGGCCUUUUAGCUUUUUUUUUUUUUUUAAACUAUACCACAAAUUUUAUAUCACAGUUUUUGUAGACAGUGGAGCCUUCCAUCUUUUAUGUAAUGAUAGCCUUCAGAAACCUAUCUAUUCACCUUAAACUCUGUUCUUGUUUUAAUCAUUACCACAUAUGAGUGUUUUAGGUUUGUCUUAACUGUCAGUCUUUAUAGCAUUGUGUUCCUCUGAGUACAACUUCUAGAACUUUAUUGAUUAAUCUUACUUGUAUUUUGCUACACCAGCAUGCAUGUGUUCAUGCAAUAUGAUUAUUUUAUUUUAUUUUAUUUUCACCUCCAGUUUCAUGCUGGAAAAUACGAUUAUUUUAAAAGAACUGGUGGUUUAAUAUCAGAAACCUUCCUAAGCUUUUGUUUUCCUGACCUUUCAUAUUUUUCAAGGAGCUUUUAUUUCAGAAAAGGGUGUGGGAUUAAAACCUUUCUUUAUAAGGAGAAUGAACAUAUUUAGAUACAUAGCCCCAUAAAAAUGAAUUUGUGGCCAUUUGGCAAAGGUAUAGUCAACAAGAGAACUGACUGGGUAUGAGUCCAAGCAGUACUCUUUUGUUUGUCGAUAUGCACAUGUUACUGAGCUAGACUGUCCCAGCUAGAGUCAUUUGCCUUACAGCAACAUACUCAUGUGUUUAAUGAAACCACUGACCCCACGAUCAAAAGCUUUCCCCUUGUGCUGGUGCCAUAGUUGCUUAUUACUGGAUUGAGGCUCAGAGAUGACUAGCAACUUCUGAAAUAAUCUUACUGAAGGAAAAGUUUUCUUGUUUUAAAUAAAGUUGUUGGCGAAAAAGAAA